CAUAUUCUGCUGCUUAUCGUUGAAACUGUUCAGUAGUUUAUUCGACGUUCGUCACGAUGGAGUUGUCUUUUUUACCAUCAUCCAGUUUUACAAUACUUUUAACAACUCUGAUCACGAUAAUCGUGAUCAAAGUGAUAUCAUUAUUUUAUUAUCAAUAUACAUAUUGGAAGAAGCAAGGUGUACCAACUGCAUUAAAUUAUCCUUUUUUCGGAAUCAAUUGGAAAAUAUUUUUUGGUAAAACAUCAUUCGUUGACUUUUGUAAAAUAAUGUAUAGAGAAGUGCCAGAAGCGAAAUACAUUGGUAGUAUGGAUUUUGCAUUACCAAUUUUAAUAAUAAAAGAUCCAGAAUUAUUGAAGGAUAUUACGGUGAAACAAUUUGAUCAUUUUCCCGAUCAUCGUGCAUUCGUUGACGAAACGAUUGAUCCGGUUUUUGGUAAAAAUGUAUUCUCUUUGCGUGGCGAACGUUGGAAGGAAAUGAGAAACACUUUAAGUCCAUCCUUUACUGCUAGCAAAAUGAGAUUUAUGUUAGAGCUCGUGUCAAAGUGUUCAAACGAAUUCGUUAAUUAUUUCGUGGAACAUCCGGAAGCUGCUAAGGAAGUUGAGAUGAAGGAUGCUUUUACGAGAUAUACCAAUGACGUGAUAGCCACUGUAGCAUUUGGUAUUUCGGUUAAUUCUAUGAAAGACAGGAACAAUAUAUUUUUUCAUAAAGGCGUUGAAGCUACGAAAUUUGAUGGUCUAUGGAAUAUAAUCAAGUUUACCUUGUUACGCAUAUGUCCUGGAUUAAUGAAAUUAUUGAGAAUUGGUUUCUUAACUCAAUCGACAUCACAAUUUUUCAAUGAUAUCAUACGGGAGACUGUUAAGGCACGAGACGAACAAGGUAUCAUAAGACCAGACAUGAUUCAUCUGUUGAUGCAAGCCAGAGACAAGGAAUCAAGCAAUUUGGAUAUACAAGAUAUCGUAGCACAAGCUUUUAUAUUCUUUUUGGCCGGUUUCGAUACAUCCUCGACAUUGAUGUGUUUUAUGGUUUAUGAAUUAUCGUUACAUCAAGAUAUUCAAAAAAGAUUACGCGAGGAAAUUGACGAAGCAUUGUUACGUACCAACGGUGAAUUUAAUUACGAGGAUCUUUCUAAAUUGACGUAUAUGGAUAUGAUUAUAAACGAAACAUUAAGAAAAUAUCCACCAGCUGUUUUUAUGGAUAGACUAUGUGCCAAACGUACGGUCAUUCCACCUUCAUUACCAGAUGGCAAAGAAAUCGUCAUCGAACCUGAGACAACACUUUGGAUACCAUGUUAUGGUUUUCAUCACGAUCCCAAAUAUUUUCUUAAUCCAGACAAAUUUGAUCCGGAAAGAUUUAACGAUGAGAACAAACACAAUAUCAAUCCUUAUACAUUUUUCCCAUUUGGUUUAGGUCCUAGAAAAUGUAUUGGCGAACGUUUUGCAUUAAUGGAAACUAAAGUAGUCAUAAUUAAUAUUCUUCAAAAAUUUAUCAUCAAACGUACAAGUAAAACCGUUGAUCCUGUUGAAUUUGAUAACAAGUCGUUCAAUUUAAGGAUCAAAGGUGGAUUUUGGAUUAAUUUGGAAUUAAGACAAGAUUUAUGAUCAAAUAUAUAUGAACGAGAUGUGAUGAAUAUUGUGAUAAGAUUUUUGUUCUCUUCAAAUUAACGUUUAACAUUUAAUCACGUAAAUAUCUUUGAUUAUUAUUCAUCAUACGAAUUAUUUUAAUCGUUGUUGAUGAGAGUUAUGAGCCGUUCAGUGCACCACAUCGAUUAACUUCAUGAAACAAAAAAUUGAGAAAUGCGAUUGAAAUGAUUUAUGGUAUAUUGUUCUUUUAAAUUUCUUUCAAUGGGCCAACAAAUAUUGUCAUUUAAAUGAUGUUAAUCUUAAUUGUUCAGGAAAGUUAUUAUAAAUAUAAAAAGUUAUGACGACAAUACCAAGUGUUUUGACACUUAAAUUAAAGAUUUUUCACAAAGUGAAUAAAAUAUAAUCAUCGAUGUGUGCACUGAUGAACGACUUAUAUAUAAAUAAAUAAAUAAUAUUUUGUUCAAAAUUAAAAUCGAUUUAUCAUAUCGUGUGAAUGAAACGAGAUUCUACCCAAUCGAUAAAUAGCAUUAUACGUUAAUCUAAUUUUUUGAUAUUUUUCAAUCGUACGCGUAAAGCCAUAAGCACUAUCGUAGCUUGAAU